AUGGUUGGAGACAACAUUCCUAAACUUGCGGUUCUCAUCGACGCGGAUAAUGCGCGCUCCUCCGUUGUCAAUCUCCUACUUUCUGAAAUCGCAAAAUAUGGCACAGCUCAUGCGAAGCGGGCCUAUGGGGACUGGAGUAAACCUGAACUACAGGGCUGGAAGGAUAAGCUCCUUGAGCAAUCGAUCCAACCAGUCCAGCAGUUCGCGUAUACGCACGGCAAGAAUGCGACCGACUCAGCUAUGAUUAUAGACGCGAUGGAUCUCCUAUACUCUAGUCGGUAUGAUGGAUUCUGCCUUGUCUCAAGCGACAGUGACUUCACCCGGUUGGCUGCUCGAAUCCGCGAGUCAGGACUAACUGUGUACGGAUUCGGGGAGCAUAAGACGCCGCGGCCCUUCGUCACUGCCUGCGACAAAUUUAUCUACACCGAAAACCUCGUGCACAUCGAUGAGCUUGUGCCGCAUUCUGACAGUGCUCACGUGGGGAAAAAUCGUUCAUCAGCCCUGCAGACUCAAAAUGACAGCGAUUUAGCAAGUCUGCUGCGGACGACGGUAGAAGCAGUCUCCGAUGACGAUGGCUGGGCUCGGCUGUCUACCGUCGGCCAGCUACUCACCCAAAGAUACCCCGACUUUGACCCUCGUACCUAUGGAUGCCAUAAGCUCAGCGAUAUAAUCACCAACUUGCCUUUCUUUACAACUGCCCGCCGCUCCCUUGGAAAGGGCUCAGGCACGGAGAUCUUCGUACACGAUGAGCGUCGGAAGCCUAAGGAUCCAUGCUAA